AUGGGCAAAAGACAACUAAACCCGGCCGCACACCCGCAUUGUGCGGAUAUCAUCGUGGAACUCAACCGCUGCCACGCCCGAAGCUUUUUCGAUCAGUGGUGGAACGGUUCUUGCAAGGCGCUCACGGACAAGUUCGCGGAGUGUCGCAGACAGGAGCGGCAGCUAAACAGCAAGAAGAACAAGGAAGACCACAAGGACUUCCAGAAGCGCCUCGCGGAGGUGCGCGGAAAGGUGCGGCAGGCGAAAGCCGAGGAAGCAGCCGCACCAAACUAG